AUGUUACUUUCACUUGUAAAACCUCGUGAUACGACACUUAUUACUCUUCAGUCAUUGAGUCCUAGUACUUCCCCGACUGUGCAUUUACCAUUGAUUGAAAAAGAGAUUUUAUCCCACGAUACACGUCGUUUUCGUUUUGCUUUACCUUCACCAGUUCAUAUAUUAGGCUUACCAGUAGGUCAGCAUCUUUCCCUUCGAUAUACCGAGGAAGAGACGGGAAAAGUAAUCAUACGAUCGUAUACACCCGUUACUUCAGACGAUACAAAAGGAUAUGUGGAUUUAAUUAUUAAAGUCUAUUUUAAAAAUGUUCAUCCAAAAUUCCCGGAUGGAGGGAAAAUGAGUCAAUAUUUAGAUCAGAUGACUAUUGGGCAAACCAUUGAAAUCUCAGGACCCAAGGGAAAAUUAACAUAUAUGGGCAAAGGUGAACUUCAUAUUAAACAUCGAAUUCGUGAUCCUGUGCCAGAGAUUCGAAAGAGUUUAAAGAUUGGAAUGAUUGCUGGUGGAACUGGAAUUACACCAAUGUUACAAAUCAUCCGUCGUGCGUUACAAGAUCCAGAAGAUAAGACCGAGUUCUCGUUACUUCUUGCAAACCAGACACCAGAUGAUAUUUUAUGUCGUCAAGAGAUUGAAACGAUGGCGAUAAAACAUGAAAAGAACAUCAAGUAUUGGUAUACGGUUGAUCGAGCUGACAAGACAUGGAAAUAUGCCACGGGCUUUGUGACGGCUGAAAUGAUUAAGAAAUACUUGCCAGCACCUGCAUCGGAUGUACAAAUUCUCAUGUGUGGUCCACCACCAAUGCUCAAAUUUGCCGUAUUACCAGCAUUAGAGGAAUUGGGAUUUACACCGGACCAAUACUUUAGCUUCUAA